AUGGAUUGUAAUGAUUAUGACGAUUUGACCGCCAAUAAUAAAUCGUCUAAAUCGAGGAAGAACAGACCAGGGUCUAGUUUUAGUGAUAAUUAUCUAAGAAAUGAGCCAAUACAAUUUAAAACUUCAGCUGAUUUUGAUCAGACUCCAUGUUCUACGAACCGUAGAAAAUAUCAUAACGAGAACUUGAAUUCCUCAGUCGAGAGGUGGAACAGUCAUGACCUAGACUCAGUGAAAGGGCAACUAAAAACCAAGAAUAAAGCUUUAGAAGAGAUUACUAAGUCAGUCAAUACUCUUGCUAAAUAAGAAGGGGAAACUUCGUUCAGAGAUAGAACACCUUGUGCGAUCUAAGAAUUCCUUCUUCGAAGGCCUGACUAAGAUCCGUAAAUUAAUCCUGUCAUGAAGGAAUGGUUCCAUUCUGCAGUAUUUCCCCGAUCAUCUGACUGGACUCAUAAUGUAUGACUGAGAUCAGGACUAUUUUAACAAAAAUGGUGACCUUGUGUUCUCCUCAUCUUCAGUUCCCUCAGUCAAGCAUGAGUCUGAAGUGAAAAAUUGUAAGAAAGGAUCUAUUACUAUGACGCAGUGCAUGCAGGAAAUUGAGAAAUACAUCAAGUUCCUCCAUUCCCAGUUUUAUGAGGUGGAGAACUACAAAUAAGGAGAAAGAUGAUUGUAUUCAUAUCUUUGAAAAAGAAGUAGAAGAACUCUCCAAAAAUUGGGCUUGAAUUCAGGAAGAAAAACGCUAUAUUGAGAAAUCAAAGAAGAAACUUAAGAUUAGUCUUAAUGAUGGACAUCGCAAGGAUCCAAUGAAUGCGAUCAAGAACGACCAUAUGAAUAUGCCAUCGAUCAGGGUCAGCACUGGGAAUGGUAAUGACACCUCCACCGUUGCUGAUAAACAAGAUACUUUUAUCAGAAAUACAUCAAUGUCAGUCAGACAUUUUAAUAAUAAUCUCAGCACUGUCUCUAUCACAGAUGAGGACCGAUUCAGAGAAAAUAGAGAAUUUAGUAGGAAUAGCCUGAUCAUGAAAGAACUGACAGAUCUGAAGACAAAGUAUGAGUCUUUAAAAGAGAAAAUGGACCUUAGCGAGGAGAACAUUAUCAACCGUAGCAGAGAAAAUUAUGAAGGGAGUUCCAAAAAUAUCGAUCAUUCUAGGAUUUCCGAUGAAAAAUCAGAACUCGUUUGACUCAAAACCCAGGUUUCCAAACAGAAGGAAGAGAUUCGUAGCCUUAACUCCAAAAUUUCUGAGCUUAGUGACACAAAAGAGGAGAUUGACCUUGAAAUCAGAAAAUUAUCCCGAGAAAGAGAUAUUAUCAAAGAAGAUAUCGAAUCUUAUAAUGAGAGGAAUAAAGUACUUAACCAAAGGCUUGACUAUCAGGAAAGUUCAGCAAAGGAUGAGAUCAAGGCCCUGACUAAGAAAAUUGAAGAGAAGAAUGAACAAAUCCAGCUGAUUACCUUCAAAGAACAGGAUAUGGAACUCAAAAUUGUCCAGAAGAGUGAGGAUCUUAACAAAAUAAACCACAAAAUCCGACUUGCUACUGAGAAUCAUGAUGCAAUGGAGAAGAAGAUCAAGCAGAACUCAUGCCUGGACAUGGAAAUUGACAACAAGAACAAGAUACUUGGGCUCAUAGACACUAAGAUUGGCAUCAGAGAGGAAGAACUCAAUGAGGCUAACUCACAGUUAUCUUCAAUUAAAUAGAAUCUGUGAGGAGUAUAGUGGCAACUUCAACAAAACCAAAAUCAGGCAUAAGAAGAUGGAGGAGGAGAUCAGACAUUUCGAAAAAAUUAUUAAGAUUAAAAAGGAGGAACUUGAUGAUUAUGAAACCUUAGUCAAGAACAAACUUACAGGCAAGGAUGAACUCGUCAACAUCAUCGAGCAACGACAGAAAGAUCUCUACUCCUUAGAGAACGAACUUGCUGAGAAGCAGGUGCUUGUGGAGAGAUUCCAAGAAGCCAUUGAUAAACUCCUCAUGGAUAUGGAGAACUUUACCAAAAUUUAUGAGAGGGAAAAGUAUGAAAAAUCAAAGGAAAUAAAGAUACUCAGUAAUGAGAUCAUGAUCCUUUCUCAGAAGCAGUCUGAUAUUGGCAAUAAGUCAAGUGAUAUGAUUAAGAGAGCUUCUCUAGAUAGCCAUGGAGAUAUUUCUACCCUAAAAGCGCAUAGGAGCAAGUUCAGACCACUGAAGAAAGUCAUCAAUCAGUCUAAAUAUCAAAACUCUUUUGAUUACUCACCUGAAAACAUUUGUCUAACAAAAAGAGAGACAGAGUGAAGUGGGGUUAACAAAGAGAUGUCUAGCCAUCACCACAACAUGUCUGAAAUUAUUUAUCAAACAGAUGAUUUUAGCAAGAUAGAGAAAUUCAAACCUCCUAAGUCAAAGAGUAGUUUAGGCAAGUUUUUAAACCCUCCAUUGAAAACAAGCCUGAGAGCAUCCUCAGCGGGGACCAGUAGCAAGAAUCAUGAAUCCUCAGAGCCAAUGAGUCAGAAAUAUUUUAGGGCUUUCCCUCAAUAA